UCGCCUGAAAAAAAAGCCCGUGAACUUCUUAUUCGGGUGAGCGUUGGCGAUAAUAAAUUUGUUGGAAUAAAACGUGAUCUUCGAAUAAAAAUCAAAAAUCCAGCUCAAUUCCAUAACUGCUCAAAGACCCAUCUUAUGCUAGAUGGGCACUAUUUCCAGAGCUUCAAGUACUUUGACCAUUUGCGUCCUCAGAUCCUACAGUGGCUGGCUCCAACGAAUACCACGACGUUGAAAGCAAUAAGUUUGCUCCCGGUGUUGGUUAGAAGAGAGUUCAAAAUCUGUGUUCACAUCCGGCGAGGCGAUUUCCAAUUCGACGGGGUUCACGAACCAACAGAUGCUACAUUCACCAGAAACGCCGUAGACUACCUAAUCCGGAAAUAUCAAAGUUUUCAUCCAAAAGUUAGUGUAAUAGUGUUAGGAAAUGAUGAGAAGUUUGCGUACACUAUUUUUGAAG